AUGUUGGUUCGAACAAUAAAACAUUCAUUUGGACUCUUACAACCAGAAUGUGUACAACUAUCAUCGACUUUUGGAAUAAAGUAUUUCCCACCACCAAAAAACUAUGAUGAUAUUGAAAUACCUGAACGGCCAAGGUUGCGCAUGUUUGAAAAGGUACCAACAUAUCCAUCAAAUUUGAAACCUCCUAAAAUGCAAAAAAGAUUAAGGUACAUGAGAGGUCCUGAACCUUUGCAUAAUAAAUUACAGUUAAAGCAAUAUGGUGUGAUAGCACUUGGGGGUGGACGAUUAGCUCAUGAGCAUUUUGAAAUGGCCCGUUUGGUUGUGGCGCGGCAUCUGGAUAUGAAAAGGAUGUUUGCAAUAUGGAGAGUAGAUCCACCCUGGCAGCCUAUCACAAAAAAAGGCCAAGGUCAAAGAAUGGGUGGAGGAAAGGGUGCAAUUGACCACUAUGUCACUCCCAUCAAAGCUGGCAGAGUCAUAUUAGAAGUGGGAGGUAAAUGUGAAUAUGCUGAGGCACAUAAGAUGUUGAAAAUUGUGGCUGAAAGGCUUCCAUUUAAAGCUAAAGCAGUAUCACAAGAAAUAUUGGAGAAAAUGGAAAAUGAUGAGAAAUGGAAAGAGGAAAAUAAUAAGAAUCCUUACACAUUAAAAUAUAUAAUUCAAAAUAACAUGGGUGGAUGCCAUAAAAUGCUUUCACCAUUUGAUCAUAAAUGGCAUGGGAAAUAUUUA